AUGGAAAAAGAUUCUCGUUAUCAAUGGUUAGAAUCUCGUUUAAUAGGAACAAUUGAACCAAAACGAGAUGCUCUUAUUCAAUUAAUUCAAAAUGAUGAUAAUCGUUUAAGUAUUGAAGAAUUUUUGGAAAAUGAAGAUAUAACACAUUUAUAUAUAUUAUCUCAAUCAUCAUCUCAUCUUUCAGCUCUUAAUUCAAUUCCAAUUGAUUUUAAUUCAUAUCAACGAAUUGUUCUUUUUAUUAAAACAAAUUUAACUAAUAAAUUAACAAGAGAAAAUCUCGAUAAAGAUGUAUCAUUAAUUGAAUUAUAUCCAGGUGAAACAGUUCAUUAUAUCGAUAUAAUAACUCGUGAUGUAUAUCUUCCAUUAUUAAGUUGUAAUUUGCUUCUAUCUGAUAUUGAAAGAGAUCGAUUUUUGGAUUUAUUGCAUCGUUUACUUAAUCAAACAGCAGCAACACAUACAAUUCAAUCUGAAUCAGUUGUUCUUCCAUUACCUGCAUUUAAUAUUCUUGCACAUAUAUCACAACAAGAACCUCAAAGACAACAAUCAAUAUUAUCUAUUCUUGAAAAUACUCUUACUAAUUGGAGUAAACAAAUCAAACAAUUACUUCAAGAAGAAUUGCGACCAUCGUUUUAUGGUCGAGAACAAAAUUCAAUAAAAGAUCAAGUUCAAUUAUGGACAUCAAGAAUAAAUAAAUUAAAUAAUCUUCUUGUACAACUUGAUUCACCAUUUGUUCAAGAUGUUAUUAAAAAUUUAGCCAGAAAUCGUUCACCUUAUCUUUCUUCUUUUAUGGAUAUUAAACUUGAAAUAACUCGAGCUGUAACACAUGCUGAAAGAAAUUUAUCAUUUGUAAGUACAUUAUCACCAUGGAUAUUUCAAAUAAAUAAUUCAAAUUAUCUUAAUCAAAUUCUUUCAUAUCUUCCAUCAUUAAUGCAUACACUUUUUCUUAUUUGGCAACAUUCACAUUAUUAUCAUCAAAAAGAUAAAUUUAGUCAAUUAUUAGAAGUUGUUUCUUCUGAAAUUGUUAUAAGAGCUAAACAAAUCAUAGCUAAUAAUAUAUCAUCACAAACAAAUAAUACAUCAAUGAGUUUAAAAGAUGCUCUUUCAAUAUGUGCUAUGUUUCGUGGAACUUAUUUAGAUUAUAAAGAAAAAGCUGAUGCACUUAAUUCAAAAUAUAUGAUUCCAGAAAAAAAAAUUGAUCCAUCUCGAAUGGUAAUAUGGCAUGUUAAUCCAUAUGGAGAAAAUGAUCCAAAUAAAGAAAUCUCAUCAACAAAUGAUCCAUAUUCUGUUUUAAGAAAAUCAAGUCCAUGGCCACCAAGAAAUGCUAAAUGUUUUCAAUCAUUAAAUGCUCUUAUUGAAAGGUUUAUUAUUAUUAUCAUUCAUCUUUUUUUUUCGAAACAAGUAUUCAUAUUUACAAUAGGAGAAAAAACACACGAGAACCUUUUUUUCUAAAAACUCUCAAAAUAAAUUCGAUAUCAGUUCUGAUAGAUUUCGAAGAGUUUUUCCUGUUAACUAUUCAAUAAAAUAAAGAAUUUUUUUUUUCUUAUUAGGCCAUCCUUUCCCUAAAAUAAGUCACUUAUUUCAUUAGAAUGAUUCAAAUUGAGAUAAAUAUAGGUAAACAUAGUCUGUCAUCUCAUCUCUAAUAA